AUGGAUCAAAGAAUUGAUCCUGAGAGUAAUCAGGUUUCUGAAAUAUUUCUUGGAGGUGUUGAUGCAUUUAUUCAAUUUGCGUGUAAUCAAGAAGAUUACAAAGAAAGAGAAACUUUGUUGUGUCCGUGUGCUCGAUGCAAAAAUGUGAAGCAACGUGAAGCAAGAGUUGUCGCACGACAUCUAUUCUUGUACGGUUUCAAGGGAAAUUAUUAUUUUUGGACGAGUCAUGGAGAGAAAUUCAACGAUCUUGGUGAGAGUUCUGGGGCGAAUCAUUCGACGGGUGAAGAAGAAAUGUUAGAGACUCCUAUUUGGAAUGCUUAUGAAGAUCACCACCUGAAUAUUCCAGAGGUACCCGCAGACAUUGCGCCAGCUUACAUGCCGGAAGCUAUAGAAGAGACAGACAUGGCACAACCCUAUCAUGAUAGUGUUUUUGAAGCAUUUGAAGCUGCGACUCAACCUCUCUACGAAGGAUGUGCAGAAGGAAUUUCUCAGUUGUCUCUUGCUUCGCGGAUGAUGAAAGUGAAGACAGAUUAUAAUCUACCAGAAGCUUGUGUAGAUGAGAUAUCUGAAGUAUUUAAAAACAUACUUCCGCAGCCAAAUAAAGCUCCAGCAACAUAUUACGAGACAAAGAAACUGACACGGUCGCUUGGGUUACCCUUACAGAAGAUUGACGUAUGUGUGAAGAACUGUAUGUUAUUUUGGAAGGGAGACGAUGCGAAGUUGGUCAGUUGUCGGUUUUGUGGAGAAGAUCGCUACUACCCGAAGAACGGAAAAGGUAAAAACAAACCGAAACAGAGAAUGUUUUACCUCCCAAUAGCAGAUCGUCUGAAACGUCUAUACCAACUUGAGGCGACAGCUUCCAAUAUGCGGUGGCAUAAGGAACAUGUAACUCCGGAAGGAGAAAUACAUCAUCCAUCUGAUGCCAUAGCGUGGAAACACUUCGGUGAGUUAUAUCCUGGAUUUGCUGCUGAAAGCCGAAACAUUUAUCUAUGCUUAUCAACGGAUGGGUUUAAUCCGAUUGGUAUGAAUGGCGAAGCACAUUCCCUUUGGCCAGUUAUUGUAACUCCAUACAAUUUGCCUCCGGGAAUGUGUAUGAAAAGAGAAUUCUUAUACCUUUCGGUGCUAAUUCCCGGACCCAAACAUCCAAGAAAAAGCUUAGAUAUUUACCUUCAGCCGCUGAUUGAAGAGUUACAGAGUUUAUGGAAAGAUGGAGUGGAGGCAUAUGAUAUUUCAAGGAAAGAAAGAUUCAUAAUGCGAGCAGUGUUGAUGUGGACGAUAAGCGAUUUUCCAGCGUAUGGGAUGCUUUCAGGUUGGACGACACAUGGUCGGUUAUCGUGUCCAUAUUGUCAAGAUGAGACAGGUGCGUUCUGGUUACGUAAUGGACGGAAACAUAGUUGGUUUGAUUGCCACAGAAGAUUUUUAGAUGAAGAUCAUCCUUACAGGAGAAACACUCAAGCAUUUACACGGGGAAAAACAGUUGUGGAUCCUCCUCCACCAUGGUUGACGGGAGAAGAAAUAUUGCGUGAGAGGAUAAAUAAUAUAAAAGGUUUAUCAAAGUCCGUUGAAUGUGGAGGGAAUGGACAUGAUAAUCCAUCCAAGACAAUAUCUGAAUACGGAGUUACUCACAAUUGGGUUAAGAAGAAUAUUUUCUGGGAGUUGCCGUAUUGGGAAACUCAUCUUCUUCGGCAUAACCUUGAUUUCAUGCACAUUGAGAAAAACUUCUUCGAUAACCUCACGAACACAUUGUUAAAUGCUCCUGGAAAGACAAAAGACAACGUCAAAAGCAGAUUGGAUCUUCCAGGUCUAUGCAAAAGGCGUGAUUUAGAGAUGAAAGAGGAUGGAACGAUGCCCGUGCCAAUAUUCAGGCUGUCAAAUGCGGCUAAGCGAGAAUUCCUUCUGUGGCUGAAAAAUGAUAUAAAAUUCCCCGAUGGAUAUUCCUCCAAAUUUAGUCGAUGUAUUGACGAAAGCAAUUUAAAGCUACAUGGACUGAAAAGUCAUGAUUGUCAUGUCAUUAUGCAACGACUCUAUCCAUUUGCAUUCGCGGAACUUCUUCCAAAAAAUGUUCAUACGGCAAUUAGAGAUAUUGCCCUCUUUUUCCGAGAUAUCUCUUCGAGGAUUUUGAAAGAAUCAGAUAUUGGUAUUUUAAAGGCAAAUAUCGGUGUGAAGCUUUGUAACUUGGAAAAGAUUUUUCCUCCAUCGUUCUUCGAUGUUAUGCAACAUCUUCUUGUGCACCUUCCAGAUGAGGUAGCCUUAGGUGGGCCCGUCCAUUUUAGGUGGAUGUAUGUAUUUGAAAGAUACAUGUACCAUUUGAAGAAGAUGGUCAGAAACAAAGCACGCAUUGCGGGUUCGAUAGUUGCACAAUGGAUAAACGAGGAGAUUUCAAGAGCAUCCUCAAAUUAUUUUGGUCAUCCUGAGAUCAUGAGCAUUCCAGAAGGUCCAAAUGAUAUUCGUUUCUCAUACAAUUAUCCGGAUGUACCACCUUUGUUUUACCACGAAGGGAGAAUCAGUGGUCAAUGCUCAACUGGUUGGUUAAAUGAUAAAGAUAACACCGUUCUUCAGACAUUUAUGAUGCUCAACUGUGAAACAUUUGCUCCAUAUGAAAGAAUGUUUGAAGAAUAUAUGACACGGAGUAUUCCUGAUAUUACUCCAGUUGCAAUGCAAAAAGCGAAAGACACCAACUUUGCAGAGUGGUGCAAAGACUAUGUGAAUUAA